CCUUGACGACGUCGAAUUUUUUCUCUUUUUUUUUUCCUUUUCAACUCAUCUCAAUUUUCACUUCAAUCCAAAUCCCAAUUGCAGUCCAGUCCCGUUCGCCGACCCCCCCAACACCUGAUCACCUCUCCAUCAAAAUCCCAACUUCCUACCAUGCAAAGUUUGUCCUUUGAUCGUCUUUUCUAAAUUUUGAUUCAUCAGAUGGCUGUGUUGAUUACAAAGCAGGAAAGUGUAAGGCAAUAUGCUGAUAACGAAAUCCAAAUGGUUCGUGGGAGUUCUGGAAAAAGGCCUGGUUUUCCCAAAAGGAGAAAGCUUGUACUGAGUUUUGAAGAUGAAGAGGAGGAUAACAGAGUCACACUACUCAACGGGGAAGAGACCUCAAACCAAGUCAAGCUAUGUCAAUGUACGGAAUUAUCUGGUGGUGCAAAUCCAAAAAAGCCUAGUUGUUGCCAAAGCAGUGAAAGUACGAUGGAAAAUACAAGUUUUUCUGAUGAACUGAUCAAUCUGGGAUCACCUCGAAGAAACAUGAGAAUCUUGUCAAAGAAAAGGAGGAGAAAAUGCUUAGAUGGCAGAGGUCCAUCCAAGAGGCAUCCUAGUUUGUCAAACAAGAAAAAAGGUUGCAUGCUUCAAGAGGAAUCAGAAGAAGAGGAAGACAGAGAGGACAGUCCAGGAACUUCCUCAAUGACCAAAACUGCCAUUAAUCAGCAAAGAAUGGUCCUAGAUUUUGAAGUUUCAGAUGACAAGAGAAAUUCAAAAGAUUGUUCGAACACUUCUGAAAAGAAUAAAUUUCUUCAGAAUGAAUCUAUUCAAAAAGGGAUGUGUGAAGGAAAGAAAAUGAGGACGCAUAUAGGUGAUGUGAAUAAAUUAAAUUCCACAAAAGCCAUUGGCAAAGCACAAGUAGCUCAGCACCCACCUAAGGGAAGAACCUCAGAUAAGAAGAAUUCAGAGAGAAAUUCUGAUGGUUCAAGAAGGAAAAAAGUUUCUGUAGCCAAUUUUUUUGCCAAAGGAAAUGGGGAUGGAAGUGAUGAUGACUGGAAUGAAAGCAAGGAAAAGCCAAGGAUAUCAACAGCUCAAGUAGAUGUUCAAAAAACUGAAGAAGAAUUUGAAAGCUCAGAUAGUAGAAGAAUUUCUGCACGACACCGCUGUGCCACAAACAAGAAAUUCAGUUUUGAGGGUGAUUAUCUUUUUGGGGAUUGGAUAGAUGACGAAGAAGAUGUGGUUUUAUCAUUUGAAGAAAGCACUGUAAGUAGUUACUCAAGUUAUGCUACAGUGAAAGGAGGUAGCAGAUCAACUUCUGUGCCGACAAAGGGAAGUAUUAAGGACAUAAAAAGAAAACAGGAUAACAAUGGCAAAGGCUCUUCGGUUAACUCAUCUCCUUCCUCAUCUUCCUCUUCUUGGAAGUCAGCUUCGAUAUGUGAUAGGAAAAGUAUGGACAGAUCCUCAAAUGGGAACAUCAAGGUAGAGAAAAAGCGGCAUGUGAAGUGUCAUCAGUGCCAGAGGAAUGACAGGGUAACAGUUGUUCCUUGUACGAAGUGUAAAGAGAAAGUUUACUGCAUACAAUGCAUUAAGCAAUGGUAUCCUGAGUUGUCCGAGGAAGAAGUUUCAGAAACAUGUCCACAUUGCAGUAGAAACUGCAAUUGCAAUUUAUGCUUGCAUUCAAGUUCCUUUAUUAAGACAUCACAAAGAGAUCUGGAUGAUUCAGAAAAGGUUCGGCAUCUUCACUAUCUAAUCAACCAACUUCUCCCUAUUUUAAAACAAAUUCAUCAGGAGCAAAUUGAGGAGCUAGAAAUGGAAUCCUGUAUUCAAGGGGUACCAUCAUUUUCAAUUGAAGUAAAACGGUCAACUUUCUAUGAUGAUGAGCGUGUCUACUGUAAUCACUGUUCGACCUCAAUAGUUGAUCUACAUCGAAGUUGUCCAAAGUGUUCCUACGAGCUCUGUCUUAAUUGUUGUCGUGAGAUACGCAAAGAUGAGUUUUUAGGAAGUCAUGAUAGAGUACUUUACCACUAUGUGAAUAAAGGCAAUGAUUAUAUGCAUGGUGGAGAUCCACUGCCAGGAACUUUGGAUAUGGAACGUGCAAGAGACCAGGUUGAACCAGUAAUCAGAUGGGUUGCCAAUGAUAAUGGAAGUAUCACAUGUGCUCCAAGAGAAAUGGGUGGCUGUGGUAGUUGUCUGCUUGAGCUCAAGCAUCUCCUUCAAGAAGAUUGGAUCUCAACUUUGGAAGCCAGAGCACAAAAAAUUUUAGAUGAUUGCAAAACUAGUCAUGCAAUUUCAUGGCCAAUUCUCCAGGAAUCUGACCCUAAAAGGUUAAGGAGAGCUGCUUUUAGAGAAGGGUCUUGUGACAACUACUUGUACUGCCCAGAUUCAUUGGAUGUCAUGAGGCAGGAGGAGCUUUUCCACUUCCGUAGUCACUGGGCUAGAGGUGAACCAGUGAUAGUUCAGAAUGUUCUUGAGCAGACAAGUAGAUUAAGCUGGGAGCCGAUGGUUAUGUGGCGUGCAUUGUGUGAGCACAAUGAUUCAAUUGUCAGUACAAAAAUGUCAGAAGUCAAGGCUAUUGAUUGCCUUGCAGGUUGCGAGGUUGAAAUCAGCACCCGCAAGUUUUUUAAGGGUUACAUAGAAGGAAGAACAUAUAAGAAUUUUUGGCCUGAGAUGCUCAAACUCAAGGACUGGCCACCAUCUGAUAAGUUUGACGACCUUUUGCCACGGCAUUGUGAUGAGUUCAUCAGUGCAUUGCCAUUUCCAGAAUACACAGACCCGCGAGUUGGUUUCCUGAAUUUGGCUGUGAAGCUACCUGCUCAUGUCUUGAAACCUGAUCUAGGCCCAAAGACUUACAUAGCAUAUGGACUUGCAGAAGAACUGGGAAGAGGGGAUUCUGUAACCAAACUUCAUUGCGAUAUGUCAGAUGCGGUAAAUAUUUUGACUCACACAGCAGAAGUAGUAUUAACUGAUGAGCAACGUUCUGCAAUUGAGACUUUGAAGAAGAAACAUAAAGCGCAGGAUGAAAAAGAACAUUUUGGAAAUUUGAAAUUGAAUAAUGGCUCUAGCUUAGAGAAUGUUUGUCAGGUUGGGAUGUUUCAUGAUGUAAUAAAAGACGGGAACGCAUGUGAAAGGAGUGAAAAAGCAGGAAAUAUCUUGGAAGAAUGUGUAGAAGAACAACCUUGUUCUAGUUUUUCAUCCAUGGAACAUAUAGAUGAAAGAGGUGGUGCUCUGUGGGACAUUUUCAGGAGAGAAGAUGUACCCAAACUGAAAGAAUAUCUUGUAAAACAUUCAACAGAAUUUAGGCACACUUACUGCUGUCCAGUUGAUCAGGUUAUUCAUCCAAUUCAUGACCAGUCGUUCUACCUUACCAUGGAACACAAAAGGAAGCUAAAGGAAGAAUAUGGUAUAGAGCCCUGGACAUUUGAGCAGAGAAUUGGAGAGGCGGUUUUUAUUCCAGCAGGUAGCCCACAUCAGGUUCGGAAUCUGAAGUCUUGUACAAAAGUUGCUGCAGACUUCGUUUCUCCGGAAAAUUUACAUGAGUGCCUUCGAUUGACUGAGGAGUUUAGGAGACUUCCAAAGAACCACAAGGCCAGAGAAGACAAGCUAGAGGUAAAGAAAAUGAUUGUUCAUGGCGUGAACCAAGCAGUUCAGGAACUUGAACAGUUGACAAAUACCAGUAUGAAAACAUGUGGAUUCAUUUGGGAGUAACAGCAUGCAGAUGAAAGAAUUGAUGGUGUUGAUCUAUUUGAAUUGAUACAACGCUUCCUUGGAUUUUGGACAUUUGCGGGAGAGAAAGUUCAGAGACAUCUGUAGAUAAAAGACGGAAUUAGUAACAGUAUUCGCUUUUUCACAUACUUUACGCAAAAAGAUAAAUAAUAAAGAAGGCUUUUGGUUUCA